AUGUUGUCUGAGUUCAUUGCGAGCGCCGACCCUACGCUCGCAACACUUGCAGGAACCUCAUGGUUCAUACUGGUACUCGUUUACAUACGUUAUCUAGCAUCGUGGAAGACGCCAUCUCGCGGUCUGUCCCCUCCUCCGGGACCUCGUCCCUUCCCGAUCAUUGGCAACCUACUUGACUGGCCGAAAGCCAACCAGUGGGCUACCUUUCGAGACCUAGGCAUCAAAUAUGGCGACGUACUGUACCUGAAAUUGCUGAACCAGGAUACAGUCGUUCUAGGAAGCCCUAAGGCGAUCACCGAGUUUUUGAAUAAAAAGUCUGCUAACACGUCAGACCGACCAUCGUCGGCAGUGUCUCAUUUAACCGGUUUGGACAUCAACUUCUCUGGUAUGCCAUACGGCCAGCAGUGGAGGCGACACAAACGGACAUUUUGGCAGCACUUCCAUCCUGGGGCCCUCCCUGCUUAUCAGCAGACGCAAUGCCACGCGGCGCACAGAUUCCUGAGAAGAUUGCUAGAGAAACCGUCGAAGCUCAGAGAGCACAUACGUUUCGCCUUCACUACGGCCAUCGUCAAAGUUUUAUUCGACAUCGACGUCUCCGACGAAAAUGACGAAAUGAUGGAUAUAGUCGAGGCCGCAUUGGCAUGGACUGGCGAAGUGUUUACGCCAGGGAAAUAUUUGGUCGAAGUCCUCCCGAUUCUCAAAUACGUUCCUCCCUGGAUCCCGGGGGCGACACUGCAGAGGCUAUCCGUCUACUACCGGUAUACCAUUGCCCGACUGAAGGAUGUACCUUAUGGCAGGGCUCGUGGCGAAGGUGCGGACUGCGUGGUAGGAAAGUUGAUCAGGAAGAUGAUCAGCGAAAGGGACGGGUCAGCCACAACGGAAGAGGAGAAUAUUAUCAAGAACGUGGCUGCCGUAUCUUUGGAAGGUGCACUUCGUCUCUAUCAUAUGUUCUCGACGGUGCAGACCGUCUUCGUAGCGAUGUCUCGUUACCCCGAGGUGCUGAAGAAAGCUCAAGCGGAGCUCGAUGCUGUGCUUGGUCCCAAUCGCCUGCCUGAAUUCAGCGAUACCUCAUCGCUUGUCUAUGUCAACGCUGUUAUCAAGGAGGCAUUGCGGUGGCAAGUGGUGGUGCCUUUUUCCCUUCCACAUAUGACGACCGAAGACGAUGUCUUUCGCGGAUAUUUCAUACCAGCUGGGACGGUCAUCAUGCCAAAUGUGAGCGCCUGUAUGCAUGACCCUAAUAUAUACGAGGAUCCGUACGAGUUCAGACCCGAACGCUUCAUCCACAACGGGAGAUUGGACUUCAGCAGCGCACCGGAUCCUGCCUCAUUCGUCUUCGGUUUUGGAAGAAGGAUCUGCCCUGGGCGAUACUUCGCGGAGAAUGGGUUGUUCAUCAACGUCGCUUCGGUCUUGCAUGUCUUCGACAUCACCCCUCCAGUGGAUGACCAGGGGAACGUGAUCGACAUCGUGCCACAGGUCACAGAUGGUCUCCUCUGCUAUCCUGUUGACUGUCGAUGCACCAUUCAGCCCAGGUCUGCCGAAGCUCGAGCCUUGGUUCAGGCAGCGCAGACGGUCGGUUGA